UCAACAAUGUACCAAAUCAGAGGCCAAAUGGUUAAAGGAAACUUGUAAAUUCCAGGCCAUAUAAAAAACGCUCUAUUGGCAAGGGGCCCAAGUGAGUCUUCUCUGGGACUCUGGGAGAGAUCGGCUCCAGUCUGAGAUAGGCAACAAAGGCAGCGGCGGGCUCCUCGCGAGCCUGCGACGGCGGGCCUCAACCACGGCGAGGCUGGGCGGUCGGCCCCGGAGGCCAGCCGAGCCGUGCGCCGGCGGCUCCGGGGGCAGCGGUGAAGCGCGGCAUCCGGCAGGCAGGCGGCGCUUGAAGCAGCAGCAGCGGCAGAUCGGGACGCGCGUCAUGGCGUGGUGGCGCGCGAGGGUGGUCGCGCCCGUGCGCCGCGCCUGGCUCGCCGUCGCCGCCGCGCGCGCGCGCGUCCGCAAGGGCGAGUGUGGCAUCCUGAGCCUUCACCAGGACGUGGAGACCUGCGGGUACCAGGACGUGCAGGUGAUGUGGAACAUGCUGAGCUCGGAGGAGGCCCUUGCCGCCGCAGCAGCUGCCGGCAGCGUGCUGCCGACACCGCCACGGAAGCGGCCGUUCUGGAGGCUGCCGCUCUGGCCCGUCCGGUCGCCCCGUGCCGCCGCCGCCGUCGCCCGGUGAGACGGCACACGGUAGCAGCAUCGCACGGAAUGUUACUACCAGAGCCUGGUUUCCGAUCCCAUGAGCGAGUAGGACAUCGUCCUCGUCAUCAUGGCAUGUCGUCGUCGUCGUCGUCCACCUCCCCAGCCAAGAGACUCCCAAGCCUGAAAGGGUCGCGCCUAGUGUAGUGUAAGGGCCGGCCAUGUUGUACAGUCGGGGACGACGCGUUCUUGCAAGCUACUCCUAUCCUAUAUAUAUAUGAGUUGUGCCAUCUGGUGCUUGAUUCUGAUCUGAAGUUCUGAACUUGAGAUUGCCAGAGCUUAUUGCUUUAUUAGUGCACUGCUUAUAACAGUCUGAAUUAUUCA